GAGAUAUAAAUAUAAAUACGGAGGGAACUCUCUCUCUCUAUUCUCUCUCUCUUCUUUCUCUCUCUUCCUUCGUAUGGUUCUGUGUUUGUGUGUGGCUCUGUGUUCGAUACGGAAUGAGAGAAUCGCGCGGACAACAAGAAACCAAGACGGCGUUGAAUUGGUUGUACAUGCAUUUUGAGAUUUUUCGUUGACAAAAACGAAUAUAUUGCUUUGCUGGUUUGAUGAUAUAAGAGUGAGAAAGAAGGAAAUGGAUUCGGCUAGGAGUUGGUUUCAGAAGCUUCAACCGAGAGAUAAGUUGAGAAAUUCUUCUAGGAAGAAGGAUAGUUUGUCUGGAGAUCUAGAUGAGGAAAUCGAUCCACAAAUGGAUGAGGAAGCGCUUUCCAAUAUCACGAAGCAGAAGGUCGCUGCUGCUAAGCAGUAUAUUGAGAAUCAUUACAAGGAACAAAUGAAGAAUUUGCAGGAGAGAAAGGAACGGAGAAAUAUUUUGGAAAAGAAAUUAGCUGAUGCUGAUGUAUCUGAAGAAGACCAAAACAACCUUCUUAAAUUUUUGGAGAAGAAGGAGACUGAAUACAUGCGACUACAAAGGCAUAAAAUGGGUGCUGAUGAUUUUGAGUUAUUGACAAUGAUUGGCAAGGGUGCAUUUGGGGAGGUUCGUGUCUGUAGGGAAAAGACAACUGGUCAUGUAUAUGCUAUGAAAAAGCUGAAGAAAUCAGAAAUGCUUCGUAGGGGUCAGGUUGAGCAUGUUAAAGCUGAAAGGAAUCUGCUCGCUGAGGUGGACAGCAUAUAUAUCGUGAAGCUAUACUGUUCAUUUCAAGAUGAUGAAUAUCUUUAUCUUAUUAUGGAAUAUUUACCUGGAGGAGAUAUGAUGACUUUACUUAUGAGAAAGGACACUUUGACAGAAGAUGAAGCUCGAUUUUAUAUUGCAGAAACCAUUUUGGCUAUUGAAUCUAUUCAUAAACACAAUUAUAUUCAUAGGGAUAUUAAGCCUGACAAUUUGUUACUUGAACGAUAUGGACAUCUGAAGCUGUCUGAUUUUGGACUGUGUAAACCGUUAGACUGCAGUAACCUCCAAGAGGACUUUUCAAUAGCGAACAAUCCAACUGGGGUUGCACAAAAUGAUCAGAAUCCAGCGCGCUCCCAGCAAGAACAACUGCAACAUUGGCAGAAGAAUAGGAGGAUGCUUGCUUAUUCUACUGUUGGUACACCCGAUUAUAUUGCUCCGGAGGUUCUGUUGAAAAAAGGUUAUGGGAUGGAAUGUGAUUGGUGGUCACUUGGUGCUAUUAUGUUUGAAAUGUUGGUUGGGUACCCACCUUUCUAUUCUGAUGAUCCAAUGUCGACGUGCAGGAAGAUAGUUAAUUGGAGAACUCACUUGAAAUUCCCUGAAGAGGCAAAGCUAACUCAAGAGGCAAAAGAUCUUAUUACUAAACUUUUGUGUAAUGUCAACCAGAGGCUAGGAUCAAGAGGUGCAGGCGAAAUAAAGGCGCAUAAUUGGUUCAGAGGUGUUGAAUGGGACAAACUCUAUCAGAUGGAAGCUGCGUUUAUCCCCGAGGUCAAUGAUGAAUUGGAUACUCAAAACUUUGAAAAGUUUGAAGAGUCGGAAAAUCAAACAAAUACUUCAUCCAAAACUGGUCCUUGGAGAAAGAUGCUCUCCUCCAAGGACCUCAAUUUUGUGGGAUACACGUAUAAAAACUUUGAAAUCAUCAACGAUUAUCAAGUUCCUGGGAUGGCUGAGUUGAAGAAGAAAACCAACAAGCCAAAGCGACCCUCGAUUAAAACCCUUUUCGGUAUGCUAAAACCUGUUUCAUUUCCCUCUCUAUAUACACAAACAUAUAUAUAUAUAUACACAUGUAUCAUCAUUCUCAUUCCUUUGGGGCUCACUUGGAUAGAUGGUGACUCGGAGUCAUCUGAAGCAUCAGAUACACCGGCAAGUGACCAAUCAUCAACACAAGGGAGUUUUCUGAACCUCUUGCCUACCCCAUUAGAAGUUCCGGAGGACCAAAAGACCCCCUAAUUCUCGCCAGUCUAUUUGAUGGCGUAGGAGCUUGUUUCGGGAACCCAAUUUUUUUUCAUUCAGAGUGCUUAGAUAUGUAAUUCUCAAUGCUAUUCCUGCUGCGCCUGAAACUUCUUUCACAGCCUCAUUAUCAGUUGGAGCUUCAAGGUUUAAUUUACCAAAAAGCUCCAUCAAAAGCCUGAAACAAAGGCGAUCGUAAUCAAAGAAGCUUACUAAUUACACACCAUUGACACGCAACCAAAGAAGAACAGGUCCUGUAAGUUCUUUUUUUCUUUCUAUAUACCGAAAAAACUACAGACAGAGGGAACUUGGAAGUAAGUAGACUUCUAAUUCUAAUUCAUUCUCUACUGAUACCUAUUUUUGUUUUUCUUUGGUUUCCCAUUUUGUUAUUUUAAGUCAAAUCUAUUACUAUUUACUAGUAAAUUACCCAAAAAAAUGUUGUACAAAGUUGCCUGAGAACUCGUACCAUUUGUAAUAUCUUGUUCUGAUUUUUCUAAUAAUGAGAGGAGACACACAAUAACAAUUUGUUCAA